AUGAAACCUGCCGACAAGAUAUUUCCAAUCACAACCUUUAUAUCAGACCUACCAACCAAUCUUAUUCCGCAGUUCCUCCAAUCGUCUUCCGAAAAUGGUCCUGCUAGUGGACGCUUGGUCAUUGUAGGCGAUGUACAUGGGAUGAGAAAGUCCCUGGAGGCACUUCUAGACAAAGUCGGCUUCGACAAACGCAAAGGAGAUCAUCUCAUACUAGCCGGCGACCUAGUCAAUAAAGGACCUGAUAGCCCUGGUGUCGUUGAUCUGGCUAUUAAGCUAGGCGCUAGCGCAGUGAGAGGCAACCACGACAAUGCAGUUCUUGAUGCGGCUGCGGAGAUCAACGCCACAAGGAAGAGCCCACUACAUUCUGGAGACUUGUCUGGCAGUCCGGUCGUAUCUGAGAACCCUGAAGCCGACCUGUCUGGGCAAACUGUCCGAGAUUCCGAGAUUCCUGACAAAUGUUCUGCUACAACUGGCAUUGGCAUGAGACACAGCGCUACAACAUAUAGUACGGCGUUGGCACUUUCAACGGACCACCUCGACUGGCUUGCCGCUUUGCCUUUGAUCCUACGAGUCAAACUACCUCAAAAACUACCAUCCACCUUUGGCGACACCUUAGUUAUCGUGCAUGCGGGCCUCGUUCCUAAUAUCCCACUUGAGGAGCAGGAUCCAUAUGCGGUAAUGCAUAUGCGGAGUCUCGUCCGUACACAAGGCGAUGACGAAGGGUUCACACCGGCUCAAAUUUUCGGAGAAGAAAGCUGGGUUAUGGAAUGGGACCGGUGGCAAGAUAGGCUGGCAUCCAAGACUACGGUGAUAUUUGGGCACGAUGCAAAGCGUCGUCUGCAGCUAGGCAGAUUCACGAUUGGGCUAGAUUCAGCGUGUUUAUACGGCCAUCAGUUGAGCGCGGUUGUGAUUGCGGCUCCCAAUGGGGAAAUUGAGCAUCAGGUUAUUCAAGUCGAAUGUGCUGAUACGCCUGUGCUCCCAACAGUAUCGGUGAAAGAAGGCGACAAAGCCGUGGAACUAUAA